AUGGCGCUGCAAUUCGCUAUAACGCUGGGUUUCCUAGCCACUGGUGCAUCUGCCUCCGGGCACCUGUUUCCAGACUGCGUUAACGGUCCACUGGCGAGCAACACUGUCUGUGACACCACAGCGUCCAUUGUAGACCGUGCCAAAGCCCUUGUCGCCGCCUUCACCACGGAGGAGAAGUUCCAAUUGGUAGGCAGCACCUCACCUGGCGUUCCCCGACUUGGGUUGCCCAGUUAUGAGUGGUGGCAGGAGGCUCUUCACGGCGUUGCCAGUUCACCUGGAGUAACGUUCGAAAAGUCUGGCAACUAUUCCUACGCCACCUCGUUUCCCCAGCCAAUUUUGAUGGGCGCGGCCUUCGAUGAUGAACUCAUUGAAUCAGUGGCAACAAUUGUCAGCACUGAAGCCCGCGCCUUCAACAAUGGCAACAAGACGGGUCUGGACUUCUGGACGCCAAACAUUAAUCCCUACAGAGACCCUAGGUGGGGCCGUGGCCAAGAAACCCCUGGGGAAGACACUUUCCAUAUCACAUCGUACGUGAAGGCCCUCAUCAAGGGGCUUCAGGGAAGUGAUCCCAACUAUUUGAAAGUCGUAGCAACAUGCAAACACUUCGCAGGCUACGAUAUCGAAAACUGGAACGGCAACGAGCGCUAUGAAUUCGACGCCAUAAUCAACCCGCAGGAUUUGGCAGAGUACUACAUGGAGCCAUUCAAAGCCUGUGCCCGCGAUGCUAAGGUGGCUUCCAUAAUGUGCUCCUAUAACGCGCUCAACGGCGUACCCACCUGCGCCAGCUCCUAUAUCCUCCAAGAUGUACUUCGGGACCACUGGAACUGGACCGACGACGGGUUCUACGUUGUCUCCGACUGUGACGCCAUCCAAAAUAUCUACAUGCCACACAAUUACUCACCGACCCGCGAGGGCGCGGUGGCCGACUCGCUCAUCGCAGGAACUGAUCUCAACUGCGGGACAUACUAUCAGCUCCACCUCCCCAGUGCCUAUUCCCAAGGCCUCUUCAACGAAUCCGUGCUCGACCAGUCCCUCAUCCGUCUCUACUCCGCCCAACUCCGCCUCGGGAUGUUCGACCCCGCCUCCUCAACUCCCUAUCGCUCCCUCACAUUCGCCGACGUCAACACGCCGCAGGCCCAAUCCCUCGCCCUAAAAGCAGCCGAAGAGGGUAUUGUCCUCCUCAAAAAUGACGGGACCCUGCCCCUGAAAUUCCCAACUGAUGACGAGAAACCCUUGACAAUCGGCCUCGUCGGCCCCUGGGCUAACGCCACCACCUCGAUGCAAGGCAACUACGCCGGCAUCGCCCCCUUCCUCCACUCACCCUACUACUCCUUCUCCCAACUACCCAACGUAAAAACUCUCUACGCCGGCGCCCCUGGCGACCCAAUUACGGACGGAUACCCGGCCGCUCUCGCCGUCGGGGCCGCGUCUGACGUCAUCAUCUACGUCGACGGAUCUAACAGCGGCGAGGAGGAAGACCGGACGCUCAUCCGGUGGUCGGGCGAGCGGGUUGACAUCAUGACGCAACUUGCUUCGUUGGGAAACCCGUUCAUCAUCUUACAAAUGGGUGACCAGCUCGAUGACGCGCCGUUUCUGGCGCACGAGAACGUGUCGGCAAUAUUAUGGGCCGGGUUUCCGGGCCAGGCGGGCGGAGACGCCAUCGCGAAUAUUGUGAUGGGCAAGACGGCGCCAGCAGGGAGAUUGCCAGUUACGCAGUAUCCGGCGGGGUAUGUGGAAGAGGUGGAUAUGACGGAUAUGGCACUGAGACCAGAUAAUGAGACUGGGAGGCUGGGGAGGACGUAUAAGUGGUUUGAGGGGGCGACGGUGGAGUUUGGUUUCGGGUUGCAGUAUACCGAUUUUAACCUCUCGUUUGCCGAGGAUGAGGGGGAGGAAGGAGAGUGCUGUGGUUGGGAUAUUGCGGAUUUGGUGCAGGGUUGUACGGCGGCGUAUCUCGACCAGUGCCCAUUCCGAACCGUGGAUGUUGCUGUCGAGAAUACGGGCAGCGUGGCCUCUGAUUUUGUGGCACUGGGGUUCAUCAGUGGCCAGUAUGGACCGACGCCGUAUCCGAUCAAGCAGCUUGUGGGAUAUCAGAGACUGUUUAAUGUCACGCCGGGAGCGACGGAGACGGCCAAAUUGAAUCUGACGCUUGCAAGUCUGGGGAGACACGACGAGCAAGGCAAUUUGGUCUUGUACCCCGGGAGUUAUAGCUUGUUGGUUGACGUGCCCACGCAGGCGACCUGGAACUUUACUUUGAGUGGGCAGCAAGUUGUGUUGGACGAGUGGCCUCAGGAUUCGGGAGCAAAUACUAAGUGA